CUCUCUUUUUUUUUUUCCUUGUUUCUUCUUUUUUAAAAUCAAAAUGUCUAGUAAUAGUAAUAAAAGAAAGCACUCAGAGUCAUCAUUAUCGUGCGAUGAAUCACCUACAAGCGCGCAACAAACAAUGUCAGUGCCGACCCCUCCUCCUCCUCCUCCUCCUUUAGUGGCACUUCCCCCACCUUUAAUGCAAUACCCAAAUGGUCACAUCGUACCUUACUAUUAUCAACAAUUUUAUUGUCCAAUCAGUCCUCAACAACAUCCAUUUUCUAUGGAAACUCAUCGAAACUCUAUGGGCCCAUUGAUUUUGCCCAAAGCGACGCAUGAAACAAUCACACCCUUAUCUUCUCCAGCAGGUGCUCUUGGACCUCAGCCACCACCUCCUUUCUACCCAUACUUACAAAUGUCACCCCAAACAACACCAACACCCGUAACCGCAGCAGAUCAACGAGAAAAGGCCAGAAAAGUCUCUCAUAGUGCUAUAGAAAGAAGACGUCGCGAACGUAUCAAUGAUAAGAUAAUGCAGUUAAAACAAUUAAUACCCACCUGUGCUGAACAAGAUAAUCUUCAUAAAAUGUCUAUCCUGCAAAGUGCAAUUGAUUAUAUUGCCUAUCUAAAAGAUGUGGUGAAAACACUAGAUGGUAACGAUGAUCGAUUAAAAGGGGGUCAUUUAAGGAUCAAAAUGGCUAAAUCAAUGUUACCUAAAGAAGUAGAGCCUUUCACUACUCAGUUCUCGGUACGUGACGAACAGAAGAGAGCAUUGAAACCCAUGGAUCUUAUCAAGUCUUCAGCCCCUUUAACUCCUCCACAAGAACCUACAAAGCCUGUCGAGCCAUCCUCACCAAUAUUGGAGCCAAAGCACAUGAGUUUACAAAAUAUUUUAUGCUAAUAAUAAUUUUUUUUUAAGAAUAAAAAAGUACACAUCCCCUUCUAUUUUUUCUCACGGCAUGUAAUAUGUCUAUGUGCUUUAUAUCUC